AUGAGUGACGAUUUCACGCCGACCUUCCAAAGAUGGGGUGACUGGAAGGGUUCACGGCCGAGCGAACCAGCCGAGCGUUGGCCUGGCGAUGAAGGAAUUGAGCAAGGACCCUAUGGGGCACUCGAUCACAUAGACGCGGUCAGAAAAGCAGACAUGUCAGCUCGAGUGUACCUCGGAGGGCUGGGCAAGAUGAUCAACCAGGAGGAGAACGACCGGGAGAUCAGGGGCUAUCUCGACGGCUUCAACAUCGGAUCACCCCUCACCCGUCCACAAGGGCAAGGCGCGGAAACCACCAUUACUGCUUUGUCGAUUUCAAAAGCCCAGAGGCAGCGCAAGAAGCCAUCCAGGCAGUCAGUGGCCGAGUCAUUUCUGGAGGCAGGCUACGGCUUCGAAUGGCUCGAGGACUUCCGUCAAGUGUUGUGGACUAAUCCAAAGCAUGCAUCGGAACGGGCGUUGUAUCAGGGCAGUGGAAUGUGA